AUGACAACUGAAAAUAAAAAUAGUGUUAUACAACAGAAAUUGGCCAAAACUUUGCAUCGUUUUGAAAGUAAAAUUGCUGCAGGAGAUUAUUAUGAAGCACAUCAAACUCUGAGGACAAUUGCAAACAGAUAUGUCAGAGCUAGAACUUAUGAAUUAGCCAUCGAAUUGGUCAGUCAAGGUGCCACCUCAUUAUUAAAAGCUAAGCAAGGUGGGUCUGGUACUGAUCUUAUCUUCUAUUUGUUAGAGAUAUAUGAUCAAGCUGAAGUAACCGUGGAUGAGGGUUCUACAGGUAGAUUGAUUCAAUUGCUGGUUCUAAUUGAACCAACAGAACCAAAUAUGAAGGAUGUAAUAACUGGUAUGAAUAAUUGGUCUAUAAAAUUUAGUGACUUUAAAUUUGGUGACCCAUAUUUACAUAAUGUGAUUGCAUUGAAAUUAUUUGAAGGUGAACAUAUAUAUGAGGCAGAAAGAUAUUUCAUGUUGGGUACGCAUGAUUCUGUAGGGAAAUACAUUGAAUUAGUGUGGAAUUGGUUUGUUCAAGCUGUGGAUGAAGAGAUUCAAAAGGGUAUUAAUACACCACAAUUAACUUUAGUGGGAGAUUUUUUCAGUAGAUUAAUAUUCAAUUAUUUAUUCAUCUCCAAUAUUAAAUUUGCUAAUGAGGCAAAAGAAAAAUUCUUAAAACAAUACGUUGAGGAGUAUCCAGAUUUGGAAUAUGAAAUCAUUAGUAAAAGAAUUCCAGGUCAAGAUGAGGAUUUUAAAUUAGUUUUAUUUAAAGAUUGUUACGAAUUGAAUUUCUUACAAUUACUAAUAUUGACAUGUCAAACAAAAAAUAAAGCAUUGUUUCAAAGUCUCAAUGAACAUUACAAAGAAUUAAAAAUUAAAUUUGCUCCACAACUUGAAUUUCUAGGACAAGAAUAUUUUGGUAUCCAAGCACAAAGACAAUCCAAUUUCUUACAAGAUAUGAUGUCAGGUCUUCUGGGUGGAUCUAAAUAG